AUGAUAUUCGAUUAUAUACGUCUAUAUAUACCGGAACGUAUAUGUGAUAAAUCACAAAAGGAAGUUCUUGAAUUGAAUUGUCCAAAAGCUCGUAUUACAAAAAUAACUGAAUUAUUACGGAAAUGUGUUGGUACCAGUCUGCAGGGCAAUGAUAUGGCUGAAAUUAUUGACAACACUUAUCGUCGUGCAUCGUUUAUGGCCGAAUAUCAAUUGAAAUUAUCGCAGAAAGUGAAAAAAAUUAAUCAAUCAAAAGCAUCGAUAAAAACCAUACGUCAUUUGUUUCUAAAUUCAAUGGAAAAUAAUAAACAAUUGCAGAUUGAUUAUAUCAAAUUAAUUGAUCGUAAAGAUCAAACAGCCACUAUUACUACAUCUAUUGCUGAUAAUAAUCAUGAAAACAAUGGUCAUAAUGGUGCUGGUGACGAUGAUGAUGAUGAUAUAAAACGAUUGAAAGUAUUAUUAAAAUUGGAUGAUAAAUUCGAAAAACAAUAUGGACAUCAAUAUCGUUUACAUAUUAUACAUGGAUGUAAAGCCGAUGAAAUUCUGACAAAAUUAUUGGAUGAACAGCGCAUUCAAUCAAUAUUGAAUCAAGAAUUUCAUUAAAUUUUCUACAUACCAUUCAUGAUUGCUAUUCCAUAUUUUUGCACAUUUUUAUUGCAA